UCUACUAUUAUCAAAAUUGAGAGCCCCCUCAGUAACUUGUCUUGUUUAUAUAAUACAUUUAUAAAUUACUUUCUGCUUCUCAGUUAAGUCUUACUAAGGUUAAUCGAAAGCCGGUAAAAAUUUAUUAGCAAGAGGGAAUUAUUUCUCAUCCAGUCUUAUCUAUCCUUUGUAUUCGAGGGAGAGGCUGGAAUCGAAAAAAAUCAGGUUCCAUAUUCUCCAUUUGCAAGCAAAGAAAAGAAUGGAAUACUCGAAGAUGUGUUUGAUCCAGGUUGCUCUGAUUAUCUUCUUAAUUGUUGUAUUUGAGAUCUGCCCACAGUUUGCUUUUGCUGGUUCGCCUGUCGAGUACCUUCCUGGAUUUGAAGGACCACUUCCUUUUCAACUUGAAACCGGGUAUAUAGGAGUAGGUGAAGAUGAGGUGCAACUCUUCUACUACUUUAUAAAGUCACAAUCUAAUCCUAAAGUCGAUCCUCUUAUUUAUUGGUUUACGGGAGGUCCCGGUUGCUCUCCGUUAAAUGCCAUUCUGUUUGAACUAGGGCCUGUGGAGUUGGACAUUAGAGCGUAUAAUGGGAGCUUGCCAACGUUAUCUUUAAAUCCGUAUGCAUACACAAAGGUGGCAAACAUGAUUUUUGUAGAUUUGCCAGUAGGGAGUGGAUACUCGUAUGCAACAACACAAAAGGCAAAUCACUCGGAUGAUUUACAAUCAGGUGAUCAUGCUAAUGAAUUUCUUCGUAAGUGGUUAGUUGAGCAUCAAGAAUAUCUCAAUAAUCCUUUCUAUGUUGCUGGAGACUCGUAUAGUGGAAUUACAGUUCCUAUAGUUACUCAAGUGAUAUCAAAUGGUAAUGAUAUGGGAAUCAAGCCAUGGAUCAAUCUUAAGGGAUACAUUCUUGGCAAUCCAGUAACAUUUUCUGGUCAAGAUUAUUAUAAGAUCCCUUUUGCUCAUGGGAUGGGCCUAAUUCCUGACGAACUAUACAAGUCACUAGUGACCAACUGUGGAGGAGAGUACAAACAUAAUGGUUCAACCAAAUCACUUUGUUCAAGGGACAUGCGUACUUUCGAUUGGUUGAUUAAGGAUAUUUAUCAAUAUCAUAUCCUAGAGUCCCCUUGUGAUCCUGUAUCAUAUGAUUCAAGAAGAUCAUUGAGUGAGAAUGUUCAAAACCUCAAAAGUCCUGCUGCAUACCCUGGAGUAAAAUGUCGAGAAGAAUGGCACGAACUCUCUGUGAUUUGGGCCAAUGAUAAGAAUGUCAGAGAUGCUCUUCAUGUUAGAAAGGGAACUACUGGAGCAUGGGAACGAUGCAGGAGUAACUUGUCUUUUGCAAUAAUUGUUAACAAUACUAUACCAUAUCAUGCAAAUCUUAGCCGUAAAGGCUUCAGGUCUCUUAUUUACAGUGGUGAUCACGACAUGGUUAUACCAUUUAUUUCAACUCAAGCAUGGAUUAAAUCACUAAACUACUCAAUUAGUGAUGAUUGGAAGCCGUGGAUUAUAGAUGGUCAAGUUGCUGGCUAUACAAGAAGUUACUCCAACCAAAUGACGUUCGCGACGGUCAAGGCAAGAAACUAACUUCAUUUUACUUUCCCCUGGCUAAUACUUUGCUCGCAUUCAAUAUUUAUAUUAAGCUAAUGAAUGAAAUGUAUGCGUCUUCAUACACAUGUUUAUCAGUUAACCAUAGUUAAGCUACAUCUAUUUUCACUUUUUUUAACUGCCAAAUAAAAUUAUCUAAUUUAAUAUAAAUAUCAAGUGCGAGUAUAUAUAAUUCUAUUUAAUGCCUUUUGAAUUCAGGGAGCAGGGCAUACUGCCCCCGAGUGGAAUCCUGUGGAAUGUCUUGCCAUGUUAAGGCGUUGGUUAUCCUAUGUACCACUCCACUCUAAUUGACUUUCAGGAUAUUUAAUGGGACUCUAGUUAGUUGAUUUUUUUGAGUUGAGAAGCUCCUUUAUAGGAUUUUAGUUAGAUAUAUUAAUAGUAUAACGAAUUUUCAUAUCAUCAGCUUAAUUUAAUUGGCUAUGAUAGGUUAUUAAUUUAUUUUUCUGGUUGUCAUCUCA